UUCAUCCUCCUUCCAACUUCAUCAUCUUCUGUGAGAGUCAUCAGCAGGUCAGGUUUGUGUGGAGAGCGGCACAGAGCUUAGUUCCCAGAUCUUACAGACCUUCAUGGAUACUGUGGUGAAAUCCAAUCCCCAAAGCCAGCAGAGGAGUAACCACAAUGGUCAGGAGACCAGCAUGUGGUCCUCGGGCUUUGGGAUGAAGAUGGAGGCCAUCACUCCAUUCCUGGGGAAAUAUCGGCCCUUUAUGGGUCGCUGCUGCCAGACCUGUACCCCUAAGAGCUGGGAGUCCCUCUUCCACAGAAGCAUAAUGGACCUGGGAUUCUGCAAUGUGAUCCUUGUGAAGGAGGAGAACACCAGGUUCCGAGGCUGGCUGGUUCGCAGGCUCUGCUAUUUCCUGUGGUCCCUGGAACAGCACAUCCCCACCAGCUCUGAUAUAUCCCAGAAGAUCAUGGAAAACGCUGGGGUGCAGAACCUCCUCUCAGGGAGGAUCCCAGGAGGGGCUGGAGAAGGCCAGACACCUGACCUAGUGAAGAAAGAAGUGCAGCGCAUCCUGGGCCACAUUCAGGCCACACCCUGCCCCUUCUUGCUCAGGUAACUAUGGUAAGGGGCGUAUGUCCUUAGGUUGAGGCCUCUGCCCCUUCUGGAGAGUGGAUGUCAGCUGGG